AUGGCUGGGCCGCAGCAAGGGCGACCGACGAGCAACGCUGACGACGACGCUGACGUCAACAACACUCAAAUCCUGUCGGAAAACUGUGUUCGGUAUUGCAUUUUCCUAAUCGACUCCAACGCCCAGAGUGACCAGAGAAGACAUCUCUCUCGUCUUGAAGACUUACGCAAAUCGGCCUUGGAGCUCACAAACCGCCUAACAGCGGACUACAUCUGGCAAAAGGGCUCUCUCACACUUGAUGUGGUUACCUCCGAAGGCCUAACCUUCCUACAAGGGACAACCGACUACGCAGACGCCAUCGAAGACGAAUGGUUGAUAGUCUACGUCCUCAGAGAACUCUCCAAAACCCACCCAACUGCCUGGGUGCGCGUGUUCGACGUAGAUGGAGAGUUCCUACUGAUAGAGGCAGCCAAUGUUCUUCCAAGAUGGCUGAGCCCAGAGACGGACUUCAAUCGCGUCUGGAUUAACAACGGCCGCCUUCGUAUCAUCCCGCAACCAUCUGAGUCAAGCUCAAAGUCAGUGCUACUGACGUUGCCGGACGCCGUGCGUAUCAUCAAAACUGCCGCCGACUCGCUGGUUCUCUCAGAUCUAAUCGAGGCUGAGGCAUUCUAUCGCCUCGAAAAGUACCCUGGUCAGAUUCAGAACUCUUUGCACCACUCUCUUGUCACAGUCCCUCGAAGACUGGCUCACGUUCUCCACCUGAGCCCCAAGGCUGUCGCUCCGGCUGUGGAAUCAUUCUAUCUUCGUGAUGCAUUGGACUUGAGGGCACUUUUGUCUCGAACCAGUGAUCUUCAAUUUCCUCCGAAAGAUCUUGUCACGCUAAGUGUGAAAUUCACCCGGGUGUUGUUUGCUCAGCUCAUAUCCCAGAGGUUCGAUCCUCCUGUCCCAUGGGCUGGUCUGAUUCAGCAAGCAAAGGGCACGGAACUAAAGCGCCUGGAAAUCGGCAUGAAACUCACGUGUGGAUUUGAAAUCAUGAUGAACAACAUUGGCAAAAUCGACAGUCGCCAUGCACGAGAGGCAGGUAUCAUUGUCGAGGAUCUCAAAGAGGAUGGGGACUCGGUGCUUCCUGGGGAUGAAGACAUUCGAACAUGGAAAGAUGCUUUUCGAGAAGACGACGAGACGUGGAUGGAUAUCAACUAUGAGGAUUUCGAAAAUGAGCUGUCGGGACGACGUAAGAAUGAAAAUUGCAGCCAGCCGAAGUCUGGAUUUGGGGAUGCUGCGACGCAGGCAGACCUGCGGAAGAUCGUUUCUCGGUUUGAGGCCUUUUUGAACGACGAAAGCGCAGGACUCGAUGGCGCCGAGGUUGACGAGAUGGACAUGGACGAUGAUGAUGACGAUGAUGAGAGCGACGGCGACGACGAAGAGGACAAGGCGGUCAGCUUUGACGAGGUAGAGUUCUCUCGAAUGAUGAGGGAGAUGAUGGGAUUGGCACCGGCCGAGCCUGGUACCACAUCAACGUCAAGUGAGUCGGCUGCAACAGCAAACAGGACCAUACAACCAGGGCUGGGAGAGCACACGGAGGAGGAACUCGACGAUGAAGAGCUCCAGAAGCUAGCUUCUCAGCUGGAAGCAGAGCUCAAUGCACACGGCGCUCUUAGGUUGAGCCAGCCGCGGAACAAGGUUUCUACGCUUGAGGACAAGGGCAAAGGCAAGGAGAAGGCCCCUGUUGGCUCGAGCAACAUGUCGGCGACGGCUGAACAUGUGGCUACCGACGACGAAGAUGAGGACGAUGGCGACAACGGAGAAGUUGACAUUGAUUACAACCUGGCGAAGAACCUUCUUGAAAGCUUCAAAGGACAAGCAGGCAUGCCAGGCCCUACUGGCAACAUCCUAGGCAUGAUGGGACUGCAGCUCCCGCGGGACGAGGACGACAACGACACUGGAAGCAAAGAGAAAUGA